UGUCAAGCAGGUCAGCUGGGGUUAGAUGACACAGCGCCCACGCUCACACACACACACACAUCAUCCCCUGCCUGCACACAGAGACACACACAAUAAGCGAGUGCAGAACACUCUUUUGUGCAGACACUGAAAAACAUGCAGGCAGUCAGAUAUGUGAUUAGAUAUCUGCAUGCAUCCACACACACUCACUCUCCCCAGUCCCAACACACCAGAGGUCUUAAAUCACGCUUUCCCCUCAAAGGCUGUGGAAUCAACUGUUUACAUUGCUUAUUAAAUUUUUCAAAUGAAGGGGCAAUGAAAAGAUUUUCAAAUUGCUAUAUUUGCGUCAAACAGACGUGAAAUUGAUCAGUUCUGAGUACCAUGUCAGUAGUAACAAAAGUAAAAUGUCAGGAUCAUUGUUCAGAAAGCAGGCUUCAGGGUCUGAACACGACUAACUGAGGAACAAUGGCAGCCAGCUGAAAGCAUGAGUGAAUAGCCUCGCUGAAAUAAAUUAUGGCACAUCAACAGAAAUAUUGUAUAUUAUUACAUAAAGAGCAAAAAGACUGUGAAAACACUUUAUGGUGAAAGGUUUCAGACAGUAUGAUGCAAUAUGACUCACUUUUCUGCAAUUCUGUCUGCACAUCCAGAGCCCAUAGUAUAGAGCUUUGCUUCUUUGCGCAGCAUGCUAUUAGUUCAAUUUUAAACAAGUGAUUUUUGUCACAUUGAUUUUUGUUUCACAUUAUCAGUAUCAGUAAAUCUGCUGUGUUCUGUCUAGAUGCAUGGCAAAGCACUCUGCUUCCUCACAUUAACACAAAGUAUAUGUUUACUUGUGACAAAAAUGGGUUGUAAGAUUUAAACUUGUUUUGUCAGUUGCAGAGAAAGGCCAUAUCUUCUCCCUUGUUGUUGUUUUUUGUUAUGUGGAUCACAGUGCCUAGUAUAUUUUCCUGUUGCCGGGCUUGAUUGUAUUUCAUCCACAAGGGUUUUUGUCAACAGUCUGGGCUCUGUGGGAUGCUGAAUGCUUUACUGCCUUAGAGAGAGCUGGACUCCAGCAAUGACACUGUGAGAGUGUGUGCAAUUUGUGUUGACACGCAAAGUUGUGUGUGAAAGAGUGGGUCUGUGGGUGUAUGCCUGAACAAACAGCAUAAAGGCAGAAUGGUGGUAAAUCGCUCUAAAACCGAUGCUCUCCAGCGCUCUUAUUUUGAGGACUAGUCAUUUAUUUAACAGUCAAAUAUGGUCCUGGGCUGUUUGGAGAGAAUACAUCAACUGGCACAGAAGAGUCCACACAAAGAAGGCACACUUCAACAGACAAAGAGCCAAAAGACAGAGGGCGAGCGCCUUUUUUUCUCCUUAAGAUGAACUGUUGUUUAUUCAGGGUGGGUGCAGGGCACCAAGUGGGACGGAUGGAUGAGGGAGGGACUGAUGAAAAAAAAGGAGAGAGGGAAGGAUGAAUGGGCAUAACCCAGUUAGUGGAUGCACAAACGGGGUGUCUGCGGGUGAUUGUGCAGAGUGGAGGGAGGUGCACUGUGAAGGGGGGGAGUGUAAAAGAUCUUUUGUGAAGGCUGAGAGUUAAUCACUUGAGCGGCACACGCCAGUUCUAUGGAGCACAUGUUGUACACUGGAUCCCCUGAGAGGAGUGGGAGGUCCAACAACACACAUACACACACUUGAAUUUACAUGUCAGUUAUGAUGCAAAGCCGGUUACAGGCUGAAAAGAAAAGCAGGAAGAUCCACCCCCUUCACAAACAGUUAGCAGACCCUGGCCGUGGUGAUAGUGUUUGCAUUUGCUGCUUGUUCGUUCAUACACACACACACAUGCACACACCCGCGCGCACAGAGAUGUACACAUGUCUGCUUUUUUGUUUUCUUCGGGACUGGAUAGAUGACUCUGCAGCGGCCUUGCUAGAGAUGGAUGUUUAGUUUGACCUGGCAAUGAAGCCACUGACAGAACCUCCGUGGGGUCACGAGAUGUACCUUUCCCUUACUUCAGUGUAACCUCACCAUUUAGACUUUAGCUGCAUCUCGCCCGUGGGCUUGCCUACAGGACCAUGGGUAGCGUCAGCAGUGUCCUCAAUGACAACAGCCUCGGCAGCAAACACUGCAAGGCAUCUCAGCACAGGUUAAAGGAGGGAACAAGCAGCCACAGAAAGAGUGGAGGUUGCAACCUUGACGGGUUACUGAAGUGCGGCUUCACUCAGGGCUCCUCAUCCUCCACUCAUCCCUCCAAAGGCCUCUCCCACUCAAGGUCUGGAAGAAGCGAAGAUUUUUUUUAUAUUAAGGUAAGCAAUAAACCAAGGUCAACGCACCACAGAGAGAGAUCAGCGGAGGGACAGGUAAACAGAAAUGGGAAAUCUGAUGGGCAGAUGCAACCAAAACUGCUGCUCAUGUCUGGAAAUGUGACUGAGAAGUUUCCAAUCCUAGAUGCUGCUGCGUUCAUCUUUGACAACCCACAACAUCAGGCAAAUAAGUUUAAAACAGCACAUGGAGGAGAGAUAUGGGAUGCAGAAGGAAGGAAAAGAGGACAGAAAGAAGCGAAGACUUCUGCUGAGAAGUCAUCGGUCCGUUCCACUGCCUUCAAGUGCGUAAAUCCCACAAGGACUUCAUCCACAGAGACAGGCCACAACAGCCUGGACCACAUCCUUUGUCCUCUGAAGAAAGCAAGCAAUCCAAAUAUUAGAGACAAGCGGGACACUUCAGGCACUCUGUCCGACUCUGGACGCAACUCCAUGUCUAGCCUUCCCACCCACAGCACCAGCGGCAGCCUAAGUGCUUCCACAGGCCCUGUCAGUCACAGCGAUGGCAGCUCCGCUCCUGCAAAUAGCCUCAGCGAGGGAGUACAACCCAAUUUCUCUCCAUGGGUCAACGGGAAUAGCGCUAACCUUGACUGUAGUUACGGUGCUGAUUUAAACAGCAGUGGGUUGGUAUCUAAGGCUAAUGAGGACGCCGGCUCCCCACUCUCUGCAGAUGAGCCAAGCGCUCUCUCUGAGACUGCAGGUGGGAUUCGGUCUCCCAUAACUACAGAUGAGUCACUGAUUGAACGCUUGGAACAAAAGCUGCUGGAGAGAGAAAGUGAACUACAGGAGCUGCAGGUGAGUUUUGAGGAGAAGGAAACAGACACCUGCCAGCUGUUUGAGGAAAGACAAAGGUACUGUGCUGAAGAGAUGGAAGGGCUGAAGCAGCGAUGCUCCACAAAGCUACGCCAAGCGUCCCAAAUGGCUGCAAAAACACAGCAAGCACUCCAGCUGCAAGUCAGCCAGCUCCAGGCAGAGAAGGAAAGGCUUCAGGAAGACUUCUCUAAGCUAACUCGGGAGAAGGAGCUUAUUGAGCUCAGACUAAAGGCUUAUGAGGCAGAGAGCACACAGCUAGCACCGACCCUCGAGGAAACUCAGUGGGAGGUGUGCCAAAAGACAGGAGAGAUCUCACUGUUGAAGCAGCAGCUAAGAGAGUGUCAAGCGGAUGUCAGCCACAAGCUGAAUGAGAUAGUCGGCCUCAGGGCAUUGCUGAAGGAAAAAACAGCAAAAAUGGAGAUUCUGGAGAAACAGAACAAAAACCACGAGGACAGUCUUCACUCCCGCACCAUAGACAUUGAGGUGUGCCAAAAUGAACUCCAGCGCAAAAAGAAUGAGGCAGAUCUUCUGAGGGAGAAAGUGGGCAAACUGGAGAAAGACAUUCAAGGAAUGAAACAGGAUCUAGUCACUGCCAAAGAGCAAAGGCUGCAGCACAGUUUGCAAGUCAGAACCCAUUCCCCGUCUCAGACAGAAAGCCAAGGUUCAGAAUCCACAGACCAGGGGCGAGAGGGAGAGAACAAUGAGCACACCUCCACAGAAUCCCUCCAAAGAGAGGUGGACAGACUUAAGCAGCAGCUACGGGAGGAGAAGAAUGCUCAAAAGAGGCUAGCCAGCAGCUUUGAACAGGAGAGGCAGACGUGGAACAAGGAGAAAGACAGAGUUAUAAGGUAUCAGAAACAGCUCCAGAUCAACUACCUGCAGAUGCACAGGAAGAACCACGACCUGGAAAGGAUCCUGAAGGAGCUGACAGCAGAACUGGAGAGCCGGACAGAGCUAAGCAUGGAUGUCGCCUACAGCUCAGGGUUACAAACUUAUGACGAUGUUAUUGCCACAGAGAUUUGA